UUGUUUUUUAUUCGCGACUUCGCGUUCUAUUUUUGUGUGUGACGGUUCCGUCCGGCGGAGAAGGAUUUUAUUUUGCAAAUAAUAAUUUUGAUGGUUUUCGUUUAGAUCAUCAGAAUCCCUGCAGAAGAGCUCCCGAUUGCGGUAAAUUAACAAAAUGCAGAACGGAGACGGCACGCCGACAGCGGCGGAUAACACCAAGAAGGCGGUACCGGAGGAGAUCACUAAGCAUUCGUUCCGGCUGAAGGUAUGGCGCCACUUGGAGACCAACGGGCUGGCCAUGUUCCCGCGCCCCGUGUACAACCGCAUCCCGAACUUCAAGGGGGCACCGGAGGCCGCGGCCAAGCUGGCUGAGCUCGAUGUCUUCAAGAAUGCUACCACCGUGAAGGUCAACCCCGAUAAGCCACAAGAGGCUGUGAGGGUACUAUGCUUGGAGCAGCAGAAGACGCUGUACGUGCCGGUUCCACGUCUGCAGAAAGGCUUCCUGAACCGGCUUGAGCUGCCUGAGGGAGAGACUGGACCCUCGGCCAUCAGGAAGGCCGUCUCGCGUAACGGAAUGGAGUCCUAUGGGAAACCUAUUGGCAUAGAAGACACCGUUUCGCUGGAUUUGGUUGUGAUGGGAUCAGUCGCGGUCUCCAAGGAGGGAUACCGCAUUGGCAAGGGAAGAGGCUAUGGCGAUCUGGAGUUCGGUCUGAUGAUGCACAUGAAGGCUAUCAAGCCCAACACAGUGGUUGCCACUACUGUUCACGAUUGCCAGGUGUUCGACACACUGCCGGCAGAGCUUUUCGGCCCGCACGAUGUCCCCAUUGAUAUUAUUAUCACACCAACUCAGGUGAUAUCUACUCAGCGCAUGAGCCAAAGGCCAGCGGGCAUUCUGUGGCACUUGCUGUCCAACCGUCGCUUGGAGCUGAUGCCUAUUCUGGGACAGCUGCGUGAGAUUGAGAUGCUCGCGGGGCGGCCGUGCACGCUGAAGGAGGUGGACACGGACGUGGAGGAGCGCGCCGCGCAGCGCCCGCGCCGGCUGCGGCGUCGCACGCGCUCGCACAAGAGCCACAGCGAGGGGGAGGGCAACACGACGGAGGGCGAGGAGGGCAAGGGCGGCGGCAAGGCUCGCCGCUCGGCCCGGCGCCGCAACAGCCACAAGUCCGCCAGCAAGGACAAGGACGAGAAGCCGCGCCGCCCCAAGCGACAGCGCCCCGAUAUCGACUUCUCUGUCAAGAUAUCUAACAUCAGUCCGAAUACGAGAGUGCGUGAUCUGAAGCAGGCUCUGUCUGAACGCGGAGUCAAGCCACAAGUCAUGGUCUGGAAGGGAUUCCGUGGCUUCUGUUAUCUUCACUUCUUCAAGCCGAGCCCACAAAAGGGCGAGGGCGACAGCGGGUCGGGCGUGAGCAUGGAGAGCGUGCUGACGGCGCUGGCGCAGAUGUCGGUGGGCGGCAGCGGCGCCGCGGCGGCGGGCGACGAGCCGCGCGACGACAAGCCGCGGCUGCUCUGCGUCGAGCCCGCGCCGCCCCGCCACGCCGCGCCCGUCGCCGAGGUUCAUUGACUUCGCCAAGGCGUUGGACUUUAAAAUAUCUCUCGAUAUUUUGUUAACGACUACCUUAUAAUUAUUUCUAAAACACGCAUAUAUCGUUGCUCGCUUGGUUGCACACGGACGGACGGGUUCCCUGUCGCAUUCCGACACUAAUUUGUUUAACGUUAAGGUAGAUUUUUCUUUGAGCCGGCCCGAGAAUUAACGAUAGCGUGCGCACUGCAUACUGGUCACAUUCUCAGUUGCAUCCGUCACUAUGGAAUCUCUUGCCGCAGUGUCUUCUCGGAGUGUUGACUUUGUUUUCUAGUUGAGUACUACUGAUGUCUGUUCUGUGACUCGCAUUUACGUAGUAUGCCUGUUCUUUAGUUGUGAUGACGCAGUAGGCAGUGCGCGCGACUAAACCGAAGUAGAGGCGAGAGGGUUCGAUUUUAGUUUGUGUCGAUAGUUCGAACAUGUGUUCGCUCGAUGGUAUUUUGUUCUUGUUUGUAUGGGCCGGCCACUAGAGUGAGCUAUAUUUAUACACUUAACGAAAAUUAUAUCUUUAUGAAUGUUUUAGUUGUCUCUAGUCUAAAGUUAGCAUGUAAUUAACGGCGCGUCAGUAAAUUCGUUUACGAUUCACCGUUUUGUCAAUGCAGAUACAUUUAAGCAUUCUUCCAUAAUUAAUUAUAUUACGAGAAAAGAAGCUAUAUUUUUUAGUAUAUAGUAUAGAUUGAACUUACACUAAAAAAAGUUUAUAUUUAAUAUUAUAAGGUGCUUGUGAAAACGGAGUCCCGAACUUUGUUUAGAAAUUAGUUUGGAAGGAUUUGAUUAGUGUUAAGAGUAUUUAUUUUAAUGCGAAUUUUGGGGCUCUGUUUUUUUAUCUUGUUGUAUAUUUGUGCCAACUUUGAAUUGAAUCCAACUUGUUAAUAAAAAUUUCGCGUUAUUCAAAUCUGUCUGUAGGCCUCACGUGGCGGCAUUUUAAAGUUUGUCUUGAUACAAUAACAUAUGAACAUAUCGAGUGCAAGUAAGUUGGUAUGAAUAUUUUGAACCCUCGUAAGUGGAUGUCAAAGUUACUUUUUCAGUAUUAGGUUAUCUGUAAUUUAAGACUUGAAAAGUAAUAUAUUAUUGACAUAAUAAGGUAUAUUUAAAACUAUAUUUCUAUUAGCGUUAGCGACAUAGUUGUUCGCGCCGCAUUGGUCUCUUUAGCGUAAAUGGAUGUAUUUUAUAUAGAGAGAGAGAAACUUUAUUGAUGUAUUUUUCGAAAUUUUUAGUUAUAUCGGAUUGCAUAAUAUAUAAAAAGCUUUGUUGAUUUACAUUUACAGGCAUUUCUCGUUACUGUUGCGUCUGUACACUCCUGCACGGAAACGUUGUUGUACCCUGGCGUUAUUGUUAUCUUCCUCACUGCAGUGUUAAGCACUACGAAAUAUAUAUUUAUGUAUAUACUUGUUAACACAUGCUAUUUACUAGUAUAUACUAUUAUUUUGUAAUUUUAUAACGUUGGGUAGAAAGCAUGGACGAGCGUUUUUUGUUUUGUAUUUUUUUUUAAUAAAUUUAUUAAACACUUUA